AUGACUGAUUUUUUAUUGGAAUAUUUCCCCAAAUUACCAGAUGAUAUAAUUUUACUAAUAACAGAGAAAUUGUCCCUAGAAUAUGUAAUCGACUGGUUAAUAAAAAUUCCCAUCGUACAAGAUAUCGUUAUUGGCACUCUAUACAAUCGUAAUGACCUCCAAUUUCUAAUAUCUCCAACUAAACGACCCUAUAUGAAUCACAUAUCAGCUCAAAAAUCGGAAUUGACAACAUUUAAAGGAUAUUAUCAGAUCAGUACAUUUAUCAAAGAAAACUCUUUUCGAUUUAUUCCCAAGAAAAUAUUACUCAUGAGUGGUGGCGAUUGGCAAGCUGUUGAGGAUUUACUUACUAGUUUCAAGUCUUGGUUACUUCAAAUUGAAUCUAUUGAAAUUGCAUUAGAAAGUAAGGAAAUAAGUCCUUCCAAUCUCGAGUUAUUAUUUCAAUUCAAUAAUUUAACAAAGAUCCAUUUUUCAGGAGUUUCUUUAACCAAAUGCAUUCUGUUUUUGCAGAACAACAAUUCCAUAAUUAAUCAUCCAAGUUUGAAUAAUAUUAUACUUUUGAAACAUGGUAUUGUGAAUUGGACUGGAAUAAAGUUCCCUCGUAUACUUGAAUCAUUGGAUUUAUCGUGGGAAUCAAAAGUUGAUAUCACAACUGUCGAAGUUCCAGUCUCCACGAGGGAGCUAUAUUUUAAUUUGGCCAAUAUAUCACAACUUGAAAGCAUUCAUUCACAAAUUAGUAGCAACAAUCUAACGACAUUGAUGUUGACUAAUAACAAUCUCACAGAGGUUAGUUUAAAAGCUUUACCUUCUACUUUAACAACUUUAGACGUUUCGGAAAACCCAAUUUCGGAAAUAAGUGAUCUUGAAUUUGGAUGGCCACAAAACUUGACUAACUUGUUACUAGACAGAAAUGAGUUAACAAAUGCUUCUAUAGCUGCUAUCACCGAAUGGCCAAAAAACUUGAAAACAUUAAGGUUAAAAUCAAGCAGGAUCACUAAUAUUGCAUGUUUGAUAAACUUACCUGAUUCCAUAGAGGUUUUAGAUUUAUCAUACAAUAGGUUUAAGACUUUGGUGGUGAAUAAUAAUGACGAUUUUUAUCUGUUUCCGAAAAAUAUGAAAUAUUUGCAAAUGGUUGGUUGCAAUUUUUCACCACCUCAAACAGUUAAAAAUUAUUUGGAAUUCUCUGAAAAUUUAGAAAAAUUGAAUAUGACUCAUUGCAAUUUACUGACAUUGUUCUAUUUCAAAUUCCCCAAAUCAUUAGUUGAGUUAGCUUUGAGUGGGAAUGCAAUUCAGGAUUUGACCUCAUAUAACGAUAUCAACAAGAAUUGGACAGAUUUAGUUAAUUUGCAAGAUUUAGAUUUGUAUUCAAACCGAAUUGAUAAUCUUCGACAAUGGAUUCCUCCAAAUAGUUUAAGGAAUUUCAAUUUGGGUUUCAAUUUAAUUGAUGAACUUUCCAAUAGUUGGCCAUUAUUCAACGAGAUAUAUAAUAAAGAUUUUCAACUUGUUGAAUUAAGAUUUGGUGGUUGUUCCAUUGAAAAGAUAUCUGAAGAAUUAAAUCUCCCACCACUCAUGAAAUCUUUAGAUCUUUCAAACAAUUCACUAACAGGUUCCUUUUAUCUACUGAAAAGUCUUAAACAUUUAUACGAGUUGAAUUUAGCAGAGAACACAAUUGACGAUAUCAAGAUCAUUCGAGAUGAUGACGAACCUUGCAGAUUAUACAUUUUGAAUCUUAAUUAUAAUCGUAUAUGUUCCAAAAGCAGGAAUAAAGAAUCAAUAGAGGCAUUCUAUGAAAAAUUGGAAUUGGGAUUAAACAUUAAAAUUAGAAAUAAAAAAUUCAAAGUGAAUAGCUUCCAUUAUUUACGGCAAUUAACUUAUAGAGGGUAG